UCGCUUUGUCUUCCUUCGGAAGGCAGAGGGAGACCGCACUGGACACCGUUCGAAAGUUGAAACCCUCGUAGCUCUCCCUCGCUCUCCUCGCCAUGGAUUUGGACCCCGAGGGCAUCUUCCGCGACGACUCAGAUUCUGACGCCGAGUUCCAUGAGGAGAAGGAAGCCACUAAGGAUCUCGCGGUCUAUCUCAUCGAUGCGUCCCCUAAAAUGUUCGCCCCUGUUACCGCUCCGGAUAAUGCGGAAAAUGGGACUUAUUUCCAUGUUGUAAUAGACUGCAUUUCUCAAUCUUUGAAGUCCCAAAUAAUCAAUAGAUUAAACGAUGAAGUUGCUCUUUGUUUCUUUAACACUAAAGAAAAGAAAAACCUACAAGAUCUUAAUGGUGUGUAUGUCUUCAAUGUCGAAGAGAGAGAUUUCCUUGAUCAACCUACUGCAAAGUUGAUUAAAGAGUUUUCCAGUAUAGAAAACAUAUUUAUGAACAAUAUUGGAAGUCGGUAUGGAAUUUUACCUGGAUCUAGAGAUAAUUCUUUGUAUAAUGCUCUUUGGGUUGCACAGGCACUGUUGCGCAAGGGCUCUGCCAAAACUGCUAGUAAGAGAAUUCUUAUUUUUACUAAUGAAGAUGAUCCAUUUGGAAGUAUGACAGGUGCCAUAAAAGCAGACAUGAUUAGAACAACCUUACAGCGUGCAGAAGAUGCAAAAGACUUAGGCAUCUCACUCGAGCUUCUUCCACUGGGUAGUUUAGAUGAGGAGUUCAACUUAUCCAAAUUUUAUGCUGAAAUGAUUGGAUUGGAGGGUGAUGAACUAGUCCAGUACUUGCCAUCUGCAAAUGAAAAGUUGAUGGAUAUGAAAGAUCAGUUGAGAAAAAGAAUUUUUAACAAGCGAAAAGUUAGAACACUUACAUUUUCCAUAAUAAAUGGAAUCUCUAUUCAAGUGAAUACUUAUGCUUUAAUCCGUCCUACUUUGCCAGGGGCAACUAUAUGGCUUGAUUCUGUAACUAAUCUUCCACUGAAGAUAGAGAAGUCCUUAAUCUGUGCUGACACUGGUGCUUUAAUUGAGGGACGACCUAAACUUUUCCACUCUUACAAGAACCAGAGAGUUCUCUUCUCAGUGGAUCAGAUAUCUGAAAUCAAGAAGGUUUCAAAUUACCACCUUCGUCUUUUGGGGUUCAAGCCUAUCGAUUGUUUAAAAGAUUACCAUAAUUUGAGGCCAUCUACAUUUAUUUUUCCAACUGAUGAGGAAAUCAUUGGGAGCACUCGCAUUUUCAUUGCUUUAUAUCGAUCAAUGCUACAUCUUAAACGGUUUGCUCUUGCAUUCUACGGCAGCUCAAGCAGUUCUCGACUGGUUGCACUUGUUGCACAAGAUGAGAUAGUAAAUUCAGGAGGUCAACUCGAACCUGCUGGAAUGCACAUGAUAUAUCUACCAUAUUCUGAUGAUAUUAGAGAUGCUGAACAGUAUCACAUAAGUGUUGAUGCUGCUGUACCACGUGCCUCAGAUGAUCAGAUCCAGAAAGCAUCUGCUUUGAUGAAGCAAAUAAACUUGGAAAAUUUUUCAGUGCUACAAUUUGCAAAUCCUGCUUUGCAGAGACAUUAUGGAUUACUGCAAGUCUUAGCUCUGGAUGAAGAUGAGAUGCCAGAUUUCAAGGAUGAAACCCUGCCUGAUGAAAAGGGAUUGGCUAGACGUACAGUUUUCCAUGCGCUGGAAGAUUUCAAAGUUGCUGUCUAUGGACAAAACCAUGACCAGGAGGAAACUGAACACAUGGCUGCCAAAGCUUCCGGCAGUGAGGCUACUCGGAAACGCAAAAUGAUAGCCAACAAAGCCACCGGUGAGAGUGCAAAGUAUGAUUGGGAGGAUCUUGCAGAAAAUGGGAAGCUAAAGGAUCUAACGGUGGUGGAGUUGAAGUUCUAUCUGACUGCACACAACCUUCCAGUGACUGGGAAAAAAGAUGCUUUGAUUAGCAGGAUUUUAACUCACAUGGGGAAAUAACAAAGGUUGGAUUUGUGUUCAUAAUAUGAAAUGAGGUUCUGAAAAUUGCAGUUUUCUUUCUUGUUAAUCUCCCUCUUCCCUGUACUUUGUUGUUUUCUGGUGAAUUCAAUGAAAUUUUGGACUUACAGGGUA